GUCUCUGACUUUCUGAAUCAGCGGAGCUUCGAAACCCAACGCGACACAGAACUUUAUGACGGGCCUGAGGUUGCAGAGAGGCCCAAGUCAGACAGACGCCCUUCCAGCGGGUAUCCGUUACAGUGCUGUAGAAAGACAAGAGACAGAGAAAGAGAGAGGAGGCACACAAAAUCAAGUCAGUCUUUGGAGUUGAAGUGAGGCAAAAGAGAGGAAGGAAACGCGGCAUUUUUGGUGACCUGUGAAAUUCUCAGCGUGCGCUACCCCUGAGGGAGGUUCUGUGGACAGUUUAGGACAGACAGAUCGCUGCAUCAUGUGGACCAAUCAGUCUCCUGAAGAAAGCACAAGACCGUUGAACCCAAAGCACGUAGUGGUUCCACGGCCAGGCCGCCACAGAAGGCCCAUGACGGCUCCAAAGACUCAGAAAGAGAAGGCGUCUAAGACGAAGAAGGUGCUGUUGACGAUAGCAGCAGUUGUGGUGUUGCUGGGGAUUCUGGUCACCGCGGGAUACUUUAUCAAGCAGCUGAUCGACAGCAAGUACUUCUUUUGCACGAAGUCGUUUAAAUUCAUCCCGUUGGAUAAAGCGUGCGAUGGAACGGACGAUUGCACGGGAGGAGAAGACGAACAGACAUGCUUGUCAAACCUCAAGGUCAACACCACCUUUCCAGUCCGUCUCAUGACCCGUCAGAGCGUCCUCCAGGUGUACAAUCCCAGCUCAGGCUGGAGGAGUGUGUGUAGCGAAGGCUGGAGCGAUAAGCACACACGGACGGCGUGCACGCAACUGGGAUACACCAAUAAACCUCGUAGCAUCAAUGUGCCGGUGAACACGUUAUUAUCGAACCUGAAAUCUGGACCAUUUGCCGCACUAAGGUCAGGGACGGGAAACACGCCUGUUCACCAAGCUACAGUUGACCGGAGUGCAUGCAGAUCCGGGGCUGUGGUUUCUUUAUCCUGUUCAGACUGUGGUGAGGGAGACGCUCAGAACCGCAUUGUUGGGGGUACGGAUGCUACCAUAGAGGACUGGCCGUGGCAAGUAAGCCUGCAGCAGGGCGGCCAGCACACAUGCGGAGGCUCCCUCGUGACGCUACGUUGGGUGAUCACCGCAGCUCAUUGCUUCGCGGGCAGUAAAAAGGAGCUAAGUCGCUGGAAAGUGGUGUCAGGCCGGACCUACAUGGGUACCUUGGGAGGUUCCUCUGUGGACAGAAUCAUCCUGAACGGAAACUAUGACCCAGCUCGCAAUGAUUAUGAUAUAGCACUCAUGAGACUUACAAGUCCAAUCACAGUGGGAGUGAGCCGGAUGCCAGUUUGUCUUCCCCCAAAAGCUUUCAACCUUCCUCCUACAGCCUCGAUGGUGGUGACCGGCUGGGGCUACCUGGAGGAAAACGGAAUCAUCUCUUCAUCGCUGCAGAAAGCCAACAUUCCACUCAUCGAAAGGAACAAGUGUGCCAGCCCUACCGUGUAUGGCAGCGCCAUCACCAAUAGGAUGAUCUGUGCUGGUUUUCUGGAGGGUAAAGUGGACGCAUGUCAGGGGGACAGCGGGGGGCCCUUGGUGCACUUCACCUCAUCCAAAUGGUACCUAAUUGGGGUGGUGAGCUGGGGCGUUGGCUGUGCCAGGGAGGGGCGUCCCGGCGUCUACUGCAACGUAGAGGAGAUGCUCAAUUGGAUUCACACCAUCAUCGAGAAAAACCCAUGAGCAGCUCCACUCUUGACAACCUACUGCGAGACCUAACUGCACGUGAAGACGUGAUUAUCGAGUGGCUAGAGACAAAUUUAUACGACACAGCAAUGAGAUGCAAAGAAGUGGAGUACAUCCAUUCAAGCUUACUUCAGGUUAUUGUUUCUCAUGGGGCAAGUGAAACUGGGAUGCAUGGAAUUUUCACAGCAGCCUUUUUUUUUUUUUUGCACAGCAAAAAAAUAUGUUAGAUAAAUAUCUGCAGAGAUUUCAUCUAAGCAUUUGAGGUACGCCAACUGAAUAUUGUUAGGGGUCAUUCCAGAAUUGGUGGUAAUUUGGGGAUAGAGAUUUUGGAAAACCUGUCCAUUUUUGUUUGUUUUUUUUUUUUUACCCCCAAAGAUGAAAAAAAAAAA